AUGUCUGAUGGUUCCUACACGUGUGUUCCUAUAAAUAAAGUUGGCGCGGGAAAGAAUGCUAGUGUCAUUGUCACAGCCAUUGACGCUCCACACGUCAUAGUUUCACCAAAAGUAAAAACCGUCGUCGAAGGGAGAAACUUGAAUUUGACAUGUGCUGCGUCUGGCAAACCAAAUCCCAGCAUAAAAUGGACCAAGGUUGGCAGUUCUGACUUUCUAUCUAAUGCCUCGCUGCUCACUGUUGUGAAUGUAACCAGACCUAGGACAGCAAACAGCAAAAUCCAGUAUCAGUGCAUGGCUAGUAAUGGAGUGGAGACACCUGCUACAGCUACAGCCAGCAUCAUAGUGAACU